AAAACCAAAACAAACACCGGGCGCCAAGAAAACGAACCAGAAAACAGAGCAAGCGAACCCCACCGGAUCCACCCCCGCUUCCUCCUCCUCCCUCUCUAGCCGGAGCCCGAUCAAAUUACACGUCGCUGUCUCAUCCGAUGGCUACUCUCCUGUCGCCGUUCCUCGCCGACUCGGUCGCCAAGUUCCACUCCGCCUCCGCGCCCACCCGCUGCGCCGGCAGUGGCCAGCGAUGGUCCAUCGCGGGGUUAGCCGGCGCCGGGAGGAGUGACCAGCACCGGCGACGGAGGACGUGGGGAAGGAAAAGCUUGAGGGUGGCCUCGGUGGCGGCGGAGUCCCGCAGCCCGGAGGGGGGCAUCGCCGAAGAUUAUUACGCCGUUCUUGGCGUUAUGCCAGAUGCAACACCUCAGCAGAUCAAGAAAGCGUACUACAAUUGCAUGAAAUCAUGCCAUCCUGAUCUCAGUGGGAAUGACCCCGACGUAACAAAUUUCUGCAUGUUCAUCAAUGAAGUUUACACGGUCCUUACCGAUCCCAUACAACGAGCUGUGUAUGAUGAGAUCCAUGGGUAUGUCGCGACAGCAACCAACCCUUUCUUGGAUGACGGUGCACCCCGGGAUCACGUGUUUGUCGAUGAGUUUAGCUGCAUAGGAUGUAAGAACUGCGCUAAUGUGUGUUCUAAGGUUUUUGAAAUCGAGGAAGAUUUUGGACGGGCAAGAGUUUACGACCAGGCAGGCAACACAGAACUGAUUCAAGAAGCCAUCGAGAGUUGUCCAGUUGACUGCAUCCAUUGGACUUCAGCUGCACAACUUUCGCUCCUUGAGGAUGAAAUGCGCAGAGUAGAGAGAGUUAACGUUGGAUUGAUGCUUGCUGGGAUGGGAGGUUCAGUUGAUGUGUUCCGGAUGGCAAGUUCACGCUGGGAGAAAAGACAAGCCAAAGUGCUGGAAAAGGUAAGAAGGAGGAUGAGCCAAGAGGAUACCAGUAAGGGCAGCUCAUGGAGUGAUAUCUGGGGAGCACAGACAAGAUACAAAAAGAACGAAGAGGAGGCAAAGGAGAGAGCAAAGCGAGCAGCAGCUGCAGCAAGGAGGUGGCGAGAGUACUCUAGAAAAGGCGCAGACAGGCCUCCCACAUUCAAACUUCCAGAGGCAGUGUCCAACAAGGAGUGAGCAGUGAGAGAUCUUAUCCGGUAUUCUAGUAUUGCUUAACCAAUAAUUACUUAAUGUAUAGUCUAAUCAUUUGCAGAUAGCUGUAUAGCAUUUGCUCUCUCGCACUCGAUUCGACAUGCUAUACCUGUAAAUCCUCUGUUAUUAGCGAUAGUUUAGUAGUCAGGUUGACCACCCAUAGAAUUCAGAUUACAGACGCAAAACAAGUGUGUAUACAAAAAGCGUCACCUUGCUACUCUUACAAUUAUGAUUUAUGAAGCACAGACACUUGUUUAUA